AUGCAACAUAUUGACGGUUUUCGUACAACCGAUUCAUUUCGGUAUGAUCGUAAUACAUCAUCAUCAACAACAUCAUUAUCGUCUUCGUCUGGUUAUGGUUCACGUUUAAGUUUAUCUUCAUCAUCAAAUCGUCGUCAUGGUGGUUUAACAAAAUAUUUUAGAGAAAAGAUAUCAAAACAUAAAAGUUUAGCAUCACUUUUAUUAUCAUCAAAACUAGAAAUCGAUACUCCACAUCAAACAGAAAUCUAUGAAAGUGUAUGGAAUUUAGAAGAACAAAUUGAUAAAUUACGUUCAAAAAUUCAUAAACAAACAGAUUUAGAUACUCAAUCAAUAAUAUCAAUGUCUGUUGAUACACCAGAACAAAUUUUAAUUCAUAAUGAUAAAGAAUUAUUAUCAGCUGCUGCUUGGUAUCAAGAAGGUUUACCACGUCAUAUAUGUGAAGAAUAUUUGAAUGAUAAUAAUAAAUCAAUUGGUUCAUUUAUUAUUCGACAUAGUUAUACUUAUCCACAAUAUCCAUUUGUUUUAUCAAUAAAAACAAAUUUAUCAAAAGUUGAACAUUUUCUUAUUGAACAAACAUUUAAUAAUGAUGGUUAUCGAUUACAGUACUCUUCAAAAACAUUUCACAAUUUAAGUACACUUGUUCUUCAUCAUACAAUCAUGCCGGAUAUCCUUCCUGUUACACUUAUAUUACCACUUAUUCAUUCAACAUUGACACCUUUCAAUGAUAUUAAUCAGCGACGAUCAUCACCUGAUGUUAUUCGUUCUGUUCGAUUCUAG